GGUCCACAACAAUGGGCCAUGCAUGAUUAGCUUAACAGAAAGAAAACACUUUAGAGUUUCGUGACAGAUUGAAUAUGACUGAUUGUUAGUCGAGAUCAUUGUGCCGUGAAAAAUGGUUUUUCAAGAGCAGUGUGUAUUCAUGAAUUUGACAUAACUUUGGGGUUGCACAGGAAUGCGAGUGUAGCCAAAACGAAUUUAGAACACUAUAAACAUUAUAAAAGAUGGAAAGUCUUCUUAGCGGAAUGCCACGAGAUCGUAACGAGAACGAAGAUGAGAUAACAGAAGAAGUUAUGGACAGCAUUAAGACGCUGUCUUACAGAAGUUCAAACGAAAACAAGGGAGCAAGAGUCGUGAUAAAUAUUUCUGGACAGCGUUACGAAACAUACGAGAAAACCCUCGAGACGUUUCCUAAUACACUUCUAGGAAGCAAGGAGAGAAGGCAAGACUUUUACGAUGCUGUAAACAAGGAGUUAUUCUUUGACCGGAAUCGGUUGUGUUUCGAGUCGAUCCUUGCGUACUAUCAGACAUCUGGGGUGCUAAUACGACCGCCUGGUAUACCCAGGAAAGUGUUUGUUAGCGAUAUUCGCUUCUUUGAUCUCGGAGAAGACGCUUUGAUUCAAGCUGGGGAAACCUUAGAACAACACGUCGAAAAAGACAAACGGAUUCUUCCGAGAAACAAAAUACAGAGAUUGGUAUGGGAGCUGUUCGAGUAUCCGGAAACAUCGAAUUUCGCGCGAGCAAUAGCUAUUUGGUCUGUAGCUGUUAUAAUUCUAUCGAUAGUUCUUUUCUGCGUGGAAACUUUGCCACAGUUUCAAGAAGAGCCAGGCAGAUCUACGAAUGGAACUACAGCGGCAGGAAAGACCAAAAAGAGGACUGAGGACCCUUUCUUCUUAAUAGAAACAUUCUGUAUAACCUGGUUUACCUUAGAGUACGUGAUUCGAUUCCUGUUUAGUCCCAAUAAAUGGAGGUUCUUCAUUUCUGCUCUAAACAUGAUCGACCUGAUAUCGAUCGUACCGUACUACAUAACUCUCCCAAUGGGAGAUUCUUCGAACGUUUCAUCGUUGGCUGUUCUUCGUUCUGUAAGGCUCGUGCGAGUGUUUCGGAUCUUUAAACUUUCGCGCUACUCGCGAGGACUGCAAAUUCUCGGGCACACGCUGAAAGCAAGUUUACGAGAGCUCGGUCUGUUGUUUUUCUUUUUAUGCAUGGGUGUUAUUUUGUUCUCCAGUGCUGUUUAUUACGCUGAGAUCAGUAAUGAGAAUGAUAAUAAAUUCUUAAGCAUUCCUCAUUCAUUCUGGUGGGCCAUUAUCACAAUGACGACUGUGGGAUAUGGAGACAUGACACCAGAAACUUUAGGUAUGUACAGAAUAUUCCAGUCUUGUUUACAAACCAUUGCACAAGGGUCUACAAGAAACCCCCUGUGAUUAACUUGACUGAAGAAUAUAUCUACUGCAUUGGAAAGAACAAUACGGCAAGAUUAUAAAAGUAUUCCGAAAUAACUUUGAUUUCAAUGUUCACAAUAGAGUAGUGGAUCACAUACUGAGUUAAAGGUGGUGGGUUUUUCUUGUUCAUUGUUUGUUUACAAUACAUUGUUAAACUUUUAAGACGCGGCGUACAGUGCGAAUUAUCAAUUAAGCUCUUUAUAUCCAUAAAUUAAUUAAUUUUAACAAUAGCUGUCUUUCUGAGUAAAAUAACUUUUGCAUAAUCAUUAUCGACAUUAUCCUCCAACCACGUUCAGCUCUAAACGUAUCUCUUUCGUGGAAGAGAUAACUAAGAAACAAAUUUUGUUAACCUACAAUAUAAAUCCUCAUACGAAUACGCGUCCAAAUUGGGUUUUAGCAGACCUUCAUAACUUAAAAAUUAAAAUGCACGUAAUGUUUAUUAAUUGCAACAAAACAUGGAAAUUUUCGGACAGAGCGUUGCUUUAGUUGGGUCAGCGACUUGUGUAUCAUAUCCAGAGUUUAAAAUUCUUUACCAAGUUUUGAAAAGAAUAAAUUAACGGCCAAUCAUAACUAAAAUAUUUUCGUUUUUUCAACCCAAGUGGGUUGUCCUGUCGGCUUUAUUUACUACUUUACUUUAAAAAGGCGGUGAUAGUGAAAACAAAUAAAAACACCUAUUUCGCACUCGAACACGUUACUCAGUUCUAGUUGCCGUUAAUGUUAUGUUCUAGUCAAUCAAUACAAGAAUAUCAAAGUUAUCUCUAACAAUUUUCGGGGAGUUCUUCUAGUCUCAAAGAGGUCCUUUUUAUUGCAUUAAAUCACGGCCAGUCUGAAAUCUUAAACUUCUAAGGAAAAGGUAUAUGUAAAUGAGUUUUCUUUUCGUCUAAAUUUGGCUGAUAUUUUCCUUUGUUAUGCCGCAUUUUCUAUUAACAUUUUAGGAUUCGGCUGACCGCAAAAGCCAAUAGAGUUAACCACAACACUACACACCCGCUAUAGGAGAUUGAAUUAUUGAAUCGUGUCAUUCAUUCAUCAUGUCAUUUAGUGAUCCGUAUGAGAUUUAAACCGUUCAUAUGUAGCUUUGUCAACCUUUGUGCAGAGGGAGAGCACAGGCCACCCAAGCUUACAAGGUGAAGAAAUGGCCCACGUUCAAUAUAUUAAAAUUCUAACAUAACUCCGAGGCUUUAGGGAGAAAAUUGUAAAUUUUCCACGACUCCACUGUCUCGCAAUUCUUAGAAGAGACUUGAGCAAACAAAAAAACCAUCCAAAUAUAGAAAUAUGACCAGAAAGCCUGAGGGUCAUGUUGGAAUUUAAAUAGUGGGCUAUUGACUAAACAUCAUAAUGAAUAAUGUGGGCGUAUUAAAAUCAAUGAAAUGGCGUUAAAACCAGCUGAAAGACAAAGAAGGGCUAUUGAAUGAAGCUGUGGAGGAGUUUCAGUCUUAUUUAGACAUAAAUUAUAGAUAUUUCUAUAGUUUUAUUGCUAACCGAUCAACAGCCAAGAAAAUAGGCCUAACCGAUUUGGCUGGAUCAAAGACCUCCCUGGUUACUCACUGUAAUGAUCUCUUUAUUUCGCAGGUGGCAAGCUUGUUGGAUGUUUCUGUGCCAUCACAGGGGUCUUGGCUAUCGCCCUUCCUGUACCUGUAAUCGUGUCGAACUUUGCUUACUAUUAUUCAAAAGAAAACGGAGGGCAAACAGGUUUGGAUGAUGACGAGGACGAACUCGAAGACGAAAAUUUUCCGGUGAAAAAUACUGAAAUAAAGAAGAAAAAGAAGAAAAAAACGCUUGGGCUUUGUUGCAUUGGAAAAAAAUCCCAAAAGGGUGAACGGAAAGUAACACAACGCAAGAAGAAACGCAAAACUGGAAAUGGACAAUUUCCUGAUGCGAAGUACAAUUCAAUCGAUUCCAAUCCUGGCACUGUUCGUCCAAAUGGCCUGGCAAACGUCGUUAAUAACAAAAGACGGGAAAAGAAUGAAAAUAGCCGAAGUUCGUCUCUAGUGGAAACAAUUGUGUAAUUGCCAAUGAUAACUAUCAGAGUCUAGAAGUGUAUUCUCGGGAUCCGGGAUUUGGCCAAAAUACAGCGCGGGAUUCGGGACAACGCAAAAUGUCUUGACGGGAUACGGGAUUUGACUGUUACUCGGGAGGCGAAAUUCACCGAAAUCUAGCUACAGAGCUACUUCCAUUUAGGGCUACCUUAGUAUGACGGGAAUUCUCCCAAGAUUUUACUUUAACUACGCUUUAGAAUGAAAAAGGUACGUGCACUAGCUAGUGCAGGAAAUUGGGCCUUCGUACAAGGUCAGAAUUCGAUUCCAUCCACCGAAACCACGUUUCCCUCUGACUUACGUUUCCAUGAGAUUCCUAAGGGGGAGAAAGUGUGGCUGACAACCUUACCACUGUUAAAAAGUGCGUUGUCAUCGAAAUAGCCGCAAGAAACUAAUGAAUUUAUCCUUUUUGCUGUUCUAUGCACCUUUCGGUGCGGAAGACAAUAUUAAUGAUUAUU